AUGCCAUCAAGCAUGUUUUCAGGUUCACUGUCAGCUCCGAGUGUUAAUGUUACAAUAGACACGGGAAAUCCUUUUCUCAAUCAAACUGUAGAUGGUUUCUUGAAGAUUGGAACUGUUGCAGCCACGAGGGCAGUUGCAGAGGAUACAUUCACAGCUAUUAAAAGAGGGAAGCUAUCACAGGAAUGUUUAGAGCACGCACUCAAGAGGAUGUGUAAAGAAGGUGCUUACUGGGGUUCCGCAGCUGGAGUAUAUGUGGGAAUGGAGUAUGGAGUAGGGAGGAUCCGUGGCUCGAGAGACUGGAAGAAUGCCAUGAUCGGAGGUGCUCUCACAGGGGCUCUGGUCUCUGCGGUCAGCAACAAUAACAAAGACAGGAUCGUGACGAAUGCCUUCACAGGAGGUGCCAUUGCCACUGCCUCAGUGUUCCUCAAUAACCUCACCUAA